UUACGGUACCGACGGCGAAUGGCGGUUGCCUCAAAUCCAUCAUGGCGUCGGGAUUCGGUGAUGGCUGAACACUGUGAAAAGGAGGGUCUGACAUUACGAUGGAAACGCCUCUAGGCUCUAGAGUCGAUGGCGUGUUCUUCGUGGAUCCGGUCUGAUAUCUAUGAAAGGUAGCGUGUUCAACAGCUCAGAGUCAUUGUGCGCCCGAGAGGAAGAACACCCCAAAGUGAGGCCAAAGUGCGGAUGAAAUGGGGUAGUACUAGUAGAUGAAGGGAAUCUCUCUUGGUAUGUUCGAGGAAUGUCAAUCGAGAUGGAGGCACCAAGCACGUCGGCUCCUGCUGCCGAUGGCUCGUACAGGUGGAUGGACAGCCCUGAAGCGCCACAACAUCUCCUGAUGAGGGAUCUCAGGCGGCAUGGGGUCAAGUUGUACGGAACCCGCUGGUGCCUCAAUUGUCGGCAGCAGAAGGCGAUGCUUUACCAGCUUGCCGACCGCAGUGGCUGGAAGGACAUGUAUGUGGACUGCGACCUGCUGCUCAACUCCCUCGAGACAGCGUACAUCAAGCAGGUGCCCGCCUGGAAGGUUGGCAACGAGUACCACCUGGGGAUGCAGUCGGAGGAGACGCUGCGCGCGCUGGUGGAUAAGGUGGGGGGCCAAAAGAAGGCGUGGAAGACGGGCGGGGCAGCGCAGUGGCAGAGACGUCAUCGGCAGCGUGCUGCAUGGGCAAAGCAGGAGUACGCGGUGCUCGUGCGAGAAGCGAUUGCCCGAGGGAAAGAGGCGGCCGCAGCAAGCAAGGCAACGCGCCAGAUUUCCCCACACUUGGCUGAGAUGCACCCUCCUCAGCCGACUCCGCAAAGUGCUGCGCUGCUCAGCAACGCAGCCACUGCGCCCGGGGUGACAGUGCUGAGGACGUCUGGGGUUCAGGCCCGCCCGCCAGCCGAAGCUGAUGCGAUUGCCCCCGUUGUAGCAGGCUCGCAGCUUGUCCCACGCCCCCUUCCCCCUGCCGAGCCAGCGGUGGCUAACCCCCAGCAGUUCAUUCGGUUCAAGCCCGUCACUCCCGGUUCUUUCAGAGACCAGCUACGAUUGCGGGGGGCUGCCUUCCCUCCCCUGCACGAGCGAGUCCCCAUCCUUGCUCGAUGGAGGGAGAACCGGAUGUCGAAGCCCGUUGGCGCCGGGCGCGAGCAUACGCAGGCGGGGCAGGAAGCAGGGCCUGUGGCACCGCUGGGCUGGUUCCGGGACCGCUUCACAGACACCGACUACGGGCAGCUGUUUGAGGCGGUCGCCAAGGUCCGGCUGCUGGCCCUCCCCCAGCUGCUGGCAGUGCCACGGCUGCUCAAGCCCGCCUUCGCCAGGGCCUCAAGCGCAGUGGAGCCUGUGGCCUUCGCGUCCCGCCGGCAGUCGCCGGAGGUCGCAGGAAGCACACCGAGGGAAAGCACGGAGAAGCAGUCCUGGUUGCGCGAAGACAGAAGCUUCACUGGCUGGGACAUUCCACGGAGUCUCAGUGGAGCUCGCAAGGAGGGCUUGAGUGGGGCCUCUAAGAGGGCCGGGGAGAGCUCGGACAGCUCGCGACGGCCAUGGUGGCGGUCGAUGUUUUCCAGGUAGUUAGCGGACAUGUUCGAGUUUUUCCACAUUGAUAUAUACCUGAUGUUUGUGGUCCGUGACUGUGUAGACUGGCGAUGGGCUCUUAAGGCUUCCGUAUCUUGUUUAGCAAGCACGUGGGGAGACCAUUGAGUGAUUCAAAGGAUUCGAUGUAAGUAGACCGUUUAAUCAGGAGUAACGUGGAACUGUUUAGUCGCACAGCAUUCCCUGGUCUUGAAUUAGUCAGGGCCAGCAAGCCAUGCUCCAUGGUAUUGUGUACCUGGCCUUAACAGAGCAGGCAGGGACACAGUCGCACAGAAGUCGCACAGCUGACUAGUGUAAAUCACGUAGGGCUUUGUUGCUUCUUCUUCAAACACAGCCCUCCUACUAGGUCUAUUCAAUUACCAGUUCGAUGUCUAGGCGACACGUGGAGGUUCAGUUGAGAGCGUUUUAAUACCAGUGGGGAAAAAGGAGCAUGCAUUGAACAUGAGUUGGAUAUGUAUACGCACGUGAUCCCAAGCCAAACGCGCACAAUGUGUUGAACGUCGACAG